GAACGUUGAGGCUUCAUCAGGCCCAUGUCACGCGGACGUCCAUGGUUGGCAGUGGUGGUGUCAGGAACGAGGACAGAGCGGAUUCACCUGGAUUUCCGCUACCACCCCCUCAACUCAGUUCCCAUUACGGCUAUGUUGGAAUGACAAGAUCGGAAGAUUUCCCUCCACCAGCAAUGCAAAUGCUCAAUUCUACUCACGAAGAUGACCCUCUUCCACCUCCACCGAAUUCACAUGAAAAUUUUUUUGACGCGAAUGCAGACUGGGUACCACAAAGUUACAUCGAGAAAGGUGAAAUGUUUUCGUUUUCACAACUUCUGAAGAGAAGAAUAUUAUGUCUAAAAAUGAAUACUAUCGCUCUAUAUGACUACGACGCUGACAAACCAGAUGAAUUAUCCUUGCGAGAGAACUGUAUUGUAUAUGUACUGAGGAAAAAUGAGGACGGCUGGUUUGAAGGAGUGUUGGAUGGAGUGACAGGGCUUUUCCCGGGAAACUACGUCCAAGCGGUUUGA